UAGAAGUUUGAAGCGUGGCGGUGCUUUUGACAAUUAGUGCAUAUUAGUGCAUUUUUGUGAAGUAUACAAAGAAGAAUAACUGCAAAAUCACAAACAUUUAUUCAGCAUGGACGAUCGCGGAGUGCUAAGCUUGGUGAAGAAGGUGGUCCACUCGCUGGUGGUGUCCUCACCAGGAAAAAUGACCAUUGAGAAGCUGCUGCGGGAUUACCGCAGCGAAGAGGGCUGCAAUUUGCCCUACAGCAAACUGGGAUUCAAGGACGCCGAAUCCUUCCUCCGAUCCAUUCGGGAUACGGUUACGGUGAUGGGCCACGGACCUAUGGCAUUGAUAACUGCAGUAGCCACUGCCAAAUCGGCGCACAUUCAGAAACUAGUCCAUGACCAGAAGAAGUCCAGGAACCGAGGCUCUCACAAACCCAAGUAUUGCUUCGCCUCCGAGCGAUCCGAUUUGGUCUUCAUCAAUGAAAGUGUCCGUAAAAUAAAUAACAGAAACAUGCGGCCGCCGCCUCAAACUUAUCAGAGGCCCAGCAAUCUGAAUCUUCCUGUUUCGUAUCCCAACUAUAAUCGACUGUUAUAUCCCGCCCACACGCCUGUUGUUUACGCCAAUAUUAACGAAAUGAUCUGCGCCGGACAGCAGCAGGUGCUAUAUAAUCAUCUGCAAUACAACCAUUACCUUCAGUCAUUGAAUAAUCCGUAUGCCUUUCCGCAGAGUACCUCCAGACCCCAAAGGUCAAGCUCUUCGUAUAAAGCCAACUCUGCGCCGUUAAAAGCUAAUAAUUGGUCGCAGAAUGGCCUGAAACAGGAACCCCUAAAAGAGCAAAUCCAUCAGUCACGAAAUGUUCCAAAGCCUGGCCCUUCAACUGAGAAUAAGCAAGUCGAGCUAACUCAGAAAAUAGAGAAAGAAUCCCAGGCAUUGGCCCACGCGUUUGAAAACCUAUCCGUGGACGUUGCUCCCACUGGUCACCAAGAAAAGCCACAGUACGAGAUAUAUGAGACUGAUGAGGAAGAAUUUUUAAAGGACCCCUUCACCUCUGAAAAGGUACAAGAUCCAGAGGAGAAAGAUGAGCCCGUUUCCCAGGAUGUCUCUGAACACCUAUCCAAGUCCACAAUUGAAAAGAAUGCGGUCAAGCCUCUGGAACCCCAGAAGUAUGUCUUUGACUACGCGUCAUCUGACGAUGGGGAAGAUGAAAAUGCCAUUCCUUCUUUUGCUGUGGACGAUCGAGUUCUAGGCGUUGACUAUCCUAUGGAUGCGGUUCGUUCUGAUUUCACAUUGCCUGUUCGCGAUAUCGAGUCCAUUAUCGAGUUACAGCAACGCAUUGAAGUGCAGUUGGUGAGUUUGGUCAAUCCACACAACUUCAACUUCUGGAUAUAUAACGAUGAGUUUAAUAACUACAAGGAACUCUAUGACAAUAUGCAGAUGUUUUAUGAAAGUCUUGACACGGAUAAAUACACAAUGCCACUGUGUUUAAUAAAUACGGAUCAUCUCUGUGUGGUCCGCACUAGCUGCACGGGUGUCUGGGAAAGAGCCAAAGUAGUAGGGUACCGGCCCAGUAACAACGGAAUGACGAUCGAAGUAGAGCUGGUUGACAAAGGGGAGAUAGUCUGCGUGAGCCAACAGUAUGUCAAGUUUCUGCUAAAGCAGUUUGCCACGCUGCCACCGCACUGUUUGGCCGGUCGAUUGGCCUUUAUAGCGCAAUGGAAGGCCCCAAACUGGUCCGCAGCAGCUGUUAACUUCUUCUACAAGAUGGUAUCCUUUCGCAGACUUUACGCCAAGGUGGAAGCCAUUAAGAACAAAACUGCCUAUCUUGUGCUAGUGGAUCCGGAAAGACAUGCACACACUGUCAAUUUAAAUAAGUCGCUCAUAGACUCCGGUUGGGUGCGUCGCUGCAUAAGUUUAUAGACUCUAUUAUAUAGAUAUUUCAAUAAUGACCACUUAUGCGAAUUUAAUGUCCAUUCUUAAUGUUAAGCUCAAUUCAAAUCUUUGUAGUGUCGAUAUUGAAUGUCGAAUGGAUUUUUUAUGUUUUCCAGUAGGACUCUAAUGAAACUCGUUAACGUAUUAUUUUAAGGCAAACGCUGUCCUUCUGCUUUCUUUUUAUUAGUUUACGUGUAAUAAAAUACUAGGUUACAUAAAUCCUUCAACAAGUCGCUGUCCUUCGUCUGAUUUAUGCCCGAAAGUAAAACAAAUAAGGACUCAAAGACGAACCACUUGCAAAAGAGAUCUCGCUCGCAACUAAAAGUGGUAUCUCGAACGGAAAUCUUGAAUCUGAAUGGAAAAUCAUGAUCUCGCCUGGUGGCAGGCCUGCAAUAAAUACUUGAAAUGUAACUGAGGCGCUUUAACAAUUCCCUAUAAAAGACAACAUUGUCUAUGUUUUGUAUAUAUAUGUUGUGUAUAUAGUUGGUUUCUUGUCUGUUCUUAGAUUUUUUUUUUGUUUUUUGUUAUUUUUUGGUGACCGCUGAAACGACGGCACCCUGAGGUUGGUUUUUAAUAUAUUUUUCAUUUUGUU